AAUACAACGCCUGAUAACUCAUACGUCAAUACAACACGACCUCACGUCAGAAGAACUCCAACAGUUGAUAGGGCCAACCCUUCGCGCGCGCGCUGAGCGCCAAAGAUGUUUCUCGGAGGAUAUCUGGGGUCAUGUGCAGCGCAGCUGGCCACCUAUGCAGCCUGCACGGCCUGCCAGUGCGCAUCUAGGGAGGUGCUUCGGCAUUCUGCCCGAGUGGCCUGGUCGGUGCUCUUUUUCCUGGCUAUGAUUCUGGCCUGGGUGCUGCGUGACUUUGCGACACCUAUUCUGGAGAAAAUUCCAUGGAUUGUAAAGGAUGUGACGCAGGUCGAUAUGGACAAGUGGUUUGGCCAGCAGGCGGUCUAUCGCGUCAGCAUGGGCAAUUUCCUCUUCUUCGGCUGCAUGUCUCUGGCGCUGCUGGGCGUGAAGCAGCGCGGCGACAAGCGCGACGCCUACCUGCACCACGGCCACCCGCUGGCCAAGCUGGGCCUGUGGCUGCUCUUCACCUGCCUGCCCUUCCUCUUCCCCAACGAGGUCCUCAACGUGUACAGCUGGGCUGCACGUGUGGGCAGCGGCAUCUUCCUCAUCAUCCAGAUGAUCAUCCUGCUGGACUUCGUGCAGUGCUGGAACGACAGCUGGGCGGCGCACGGCGAGGAGGACGAGCGCUGGCUGUACGGCCUGAUGGGGCUGACGGUGGCGGGGUACGCGGGCACACUCACACUGGCGGGCCUGAUGUACGCCUGGUUCAAGCCGGCGGGCGCGGGCAGCUGCAGCCUCAACAUCGGCGCCAUCACGCUCACGCUGCUGCUGGUGGUGGCCUUCUCAGUGCUCAGCCUGGCGCCACUGGCGCGGCAGGGCUCCAUCUUCCCCUCCGCGGCCAUCGGGCUGUACGCGGCCUACCUGUGCUUCAGCGCGCUGCAGUCCGAGCCCAAGGAGUACGCCUGCAACGGACUGGGCCGCUCGCUCACGGCCGCAUCGGGUGGCACGCUGGCUCUGGGCAUGCUGGUGACGCUGGCCUCAGUGGUGUACGCCGCCUUCCGCGCCGGCAGCAACACAGCGCUGUUCACACUGGACGGAAGCGAGGACGGCGAGGGAGGAGCCGGAGGCGGUGCGGGGCAGCGGCAGGCGCUGCUGGCGGAUGUGGAGGGCACCAGCGCGGGUCUGGACGGAGUGCCGGAUGUGGCGGAGGCCACACGCGAGGCCGUCACAGGCGGCGCGCCCAAGCCUGACGCCGCCGCGGUGGCUCGUGCCGAGGCGCUGACGCCCGUGUCCUACAACUACAGUUUCUUCCACCUCAUCUUCGCGCUGGCCUCCAUGUACAUUGCCAUGCUCAUGACCGGAUGGGGCAGCGUGGCGCAGGACAAGGACCGCAUCGACGUGGGCUGGGCCAGCGUGUGGGUCAAGCUGGGCGCGCAGUGGGUGACGGGGCUGCUGUACAUGUGGACGCUGUUGGCGCCGGCGCUGUUCCCGGACCGCGACUUCUCCUAGAGGACGGGGGGGGGGCGGGAGGCAUGCGAGGAGGGCUGGAGGAGCUCUGUGUGAGGAGGAGCUGUGUGAGGAGGCGGCGGCUGAUCCUGGGAGCUCAGGUUUCAGACCCAGGCUGGCGGGUGGCUGGCUAGAAAAAGGCUGCCCGGCGCCACCAGACUGUAUGUAUACUAAGUAGCUGAUUUGCUGACUGUCAGUGCGGUUUGCGGUGUGCAGGAUUGAAUUUGACGUUCGUGGCAUGUGACGGAACGGCGCAGGCUGCCAGAUAUGGCUGCUGGUGUUUAAGCAGACGCGUGUUGUGUUUGUGCUUCACGAGCAGGUGUUGUUAUUAGUCUUGAUGGGUUGAUGCGACACACCACUCGUGAUGUUGCGCCUCCCACUUAUCAACAUUGACAGUGCUUAGUCUUUUGGCUCAUAAGAGAGCCCUCUGCCAGUGCGCGCCUGCCUGAGCGGUGUGCAGUGUGCGACCUGUGUAAAAUAUACGCACA